UGGUAAACAGUCUUCAUUCAGGUUUUUAGUAGAAUUUCUAUGGGAACUUGAACUUCACGAAAGAGUAUCUUGUUUUUAUGAAAAAUUAUAUUUUACAAUGAAUGAUGCAUUCGUAGAUGAUGAACUGUCUUUACCAAAAGCUACGGUUCAAAAGAUGGUUUCUGAAAUGCUUCCAGAAGACCUAACAUUUACGAAAGAAACCAGAGACUUGUUAAUUGAAUGCUGCGUUGAGUUUAUUCACCUUGUUUCCAGCGAGGCCAACGAAAUAUGUGAAAAGGAAAGCAAGAAGACUAUCGCUGCUGAGCAUAUAAUUAAAGCACUUGAAAAUUUAGAAUUCAAGGAAUACAUUAGUGAGGUUUUAGAGGUUGCUGCUGAACAUAAAGAACAGCAAAAGAAUCGCGAGAAGAAAGGAAGCAAAUUUGAACAAUCCGGUGUCUCUAGAGAUGAGUUGUUGCGUCAACAAGAAGAACUCUUGAGCCGGGCUAGAGAACGAUUUCAAAACCAAAAUUCCAUGAAUCAACCUGCUCCAGCUUCCAUCUCCCCCGCUGAGAAUGAUAUAAAGCAGGAGGUGAAAAAGGAAGAGGAUCCUAUUGCAUAGACCUAUUUUUACAAUGUCGCAUAUCCUUCGCCCUCAAAUCAGACCUGUGGAUUGUUAUCUAUCCAGUUGUUGUGUAAGCGAUUGAAUCGGACUUGUAUAAAUAAAUUAGUCUGUCGAUAGUGCUCUAAUUUUUGCUGACUCUUCCUUUUUAAGUUCCUUACUCAAACCCUUCUUCCUCUUCUCCUGUAUUAGCAUUUCCUUUUUUGCUUCGCCUUUUAAUUCGACUUCUGUAAAUUCUAUUACCCGUUCUCUAGUAUAUUAUGUUUUUAGUCCUGCUUAGAAUGUAACUAUCUCUAAUAUUAUAUGCUUUCCUUGGCUCAACUACACCA